AUGCCAUCCUCCUCCUUAUCCAAGGUGUCCGUGAUCCGUCCCUUCCUUCCCUACGGGGUGUCCCUGGCCGCCUCUGUAGGGCCUUCUGCUCUCAACAAUGCAUUGGCUACCAAGGACUCUUGGAAGGACGGCUGUCUUGUCAAUGGGCCCCUUGCAGGAAGAAUACCUACAGUUGCAUGGGAGGCAGCUCUCCCAC